AGCGCACCAGACCUGUACCCGCUUCCAUCUCUGGUAUGUUCAGACUCCGUGCGCACCCUGCACCGGCUCGGAUAAUGGGGAAGCCGGAGAGGUAUAGCUGUUAUUAUUACAACAUGUGGCGGUUGGGAAUGAUCGCGGACACCCUGAUUUAGUGUUGAAUGAUCGGAGGGGACUGCAAGGCGGCACAGGGAUUUCACAGCGAGCUGAUUUGGCCGUUAUGAGGGACGUGUGCCGGGCUCAGGAUGCUGCGUGCUGCCACUACGUCUCCAGGUCCUCCCUAAUCCUGCUGCAGCAACACUGAGGAUCCUGCACAGUCCCAGGACACCUCAUUGACUCAUCCAGCUCAUCCUCUGCAGCUUUCAGCCACUGAUCAAUCCUAACCCACUCUCUAUCGGAGCUCUCCUUUUCCAGACUCUCACUACAGACCGGGAUUACCCACUGAUCUGAUGCUGAAACGUGAUACGCUGUCUAUUGAAGACCUCUGAUGGAAAUGUCAAAACUCACCCACGUUCAAAUGUGACAAAAGGAUUCCUGGUACUCUUCGUUCCUCUCCUUUUCUGUGUUUUUCCUUUUUUGGUUGGAAGCCAAAGCCAUAUCGUAUAUGUCAUUGGAGAACAUCUUGUUAUGAAGGGCUCUGAGGCUAAAAGGACUGAAAGAUACAGAAAUGUUUAUGAUCUGCUCGUCUACAAUAGACCUGGGCUGUGGCAGGAUCUCUUUUCUCUUGUGCAAGCUUUGACGUGAGCUGUUGGAGGUUGUGAUUAAGGAAAGGACUGCUGUUUCCUGAGGCCAGAAAGUUGGCCUGGAUCAAUCUGUAGACUCGUUCUGCCGUCGUUACCUGGUCUGAGCUGCCCAGUCCGGAGCAGCGAGCUUUCCAGAUGCUGCAAUGCCCAUCAUCAGCAACGCCAACCAUGACUUCAGUAAUCUGUCCCUCAGUGAUGACAGCAGUUUUGACCGGAUCUUCACAGAGAUCCCCGAGACUGAGACCAUCAAGGGUGUGUACUACCAGAGGGCUCAAUUAAUCCGUCGGCCGGAGGACCUGGUGUCCAUCGACCACGCCCUGUUGGCGGUGAUCAACGUAGGGGGACACCGCUACACCUUCCCCUGGACCACCCUGGAGCAGUUCCCCCUCACACGCCUUGGACGCCUCUGUGGCUGCCGGUCUCCUGAGGACAUCGCCAGCAUCUGCGACGACUAUGACGAAGCCUGCAAGGAGUUCUUCUUCGAUCGCUCGCCAUCUGCCUUCAGGGUCAUCCUCAACUUCCUGGCUGCGGGUAAAUUGCGCAUUCUGCGGGAGAUGUGCGUCCUCUCCCUGCACGAUGAGCUCACCUACUGGGGGGUGGAAUUGACGUACAUGGAGCGCUGCUGCAAGAGGAAGAUGUACACGCGCAUUGAGGAGAUGAACGAGCUGGAGCGCCACGAGGAGGAGUGCAGGCAGAGGAACGCCAUGCAGCGUAUACCGGUGGAAGAGACCAGAUACCGGAAGGUGAUGAACUGGCUGAGAGAUAUGGUGGAGAAUCCGCAGUCUGGCAUACCAGGAAAGAUCUUUGCCUGCCUGUCGGUCAUCAUGGUCGCAGUGACGGUCAUCAGCUUGUGUAUCAGCACCAUGCCGGACCUCAGAGAGGAGGAGGAAAGGGGUGAGUGUUCGUCUAAGUGCUACAACAUGUUCAUCAUAGAGACGGUGUGUGUGGCCUGGUUCUCCCUGGAAUUCUGCCUGCGCUUCAUCCAGGCCCCCAGCAAGCUGGACUUCCUCCGCGGGCCGCUCAACAUCAUCGACGCCAUGGCCAUCCUUCCCUACUACGUCUCCCUGGUGGUGACGGAGGAGGACCCCAACCUGGACCACGAGAGGCCUGGAGGAGGUAAGGGUUACUUGGACAAGCUGGGCCUUGUGUUGAGAAUCCUGCGGGCGCUGAGGAUUCUCUACGUAAUGCGGCUGGCUCGUCACUCCCUCGGCCUGCAGACGCUGGGGCUGACGGUCAGGCGCAGCACCCGUGAGUUUGGCCUCCUCUUGCUUUUUCUCUGCGUGGGCGUCACCCUCUUCUCCCCGCUGGUCCACUUUGCUGAGAGCGAACUCACAGGCACCCAUGACUUCAGCAGCAUCCCUGCCUCCUACUGGUGGGCCAUCAUCUCUAUGACGACAGUGGGCUACGGCGACAUGGUCCCCAGGUCUAUUCCAGGACAGGUUGUAGCGCUGAGCAGCAUCCUCAGUGGCAUCCUCAUUAUGGCCUUUCCUGCUACCUCCAUCUUCCACAUGUUCUCCCGCUCCUACCAAGAGCUGAAAAUGGAGCACGACCGGUUGUUCAAAGAGGAGUGCGCGGCCGCUGCGGCUGCUGCGGCUGCUGCUGCUGCUGCCUCAGGGGAACAGCAGGAGGCAGGAGGGGGUGAAUGGAAGGAGAACCCUACUCCACCUGGGCUGGGGUUACAUCCAGACAAGGAGAGUGUGCACUCACUGGAGCCCCUCACUCUGUUAGGGAAAGGUGGUGACGCUGCAGGAAAUAACAACCACAGCCUGCCAGCAGCAGCUUUCUGAACAGAACUCACACUAACUGACUCAAUCCUAAACUUCCAAGAAGAUACCAGCCCACUAAUCUCUGUGUUGCACACAAAAAGAACUGCAAAUGACUUUUGCUCCAAAGGAUAGAUAAGAAGAUAUACAUUGUAUUGGUUAAGGGAGAUUAAACAGACAGCCUUUCUUUUGCUCUUUGGUCUGCUGGUAAGGAGCUCAAAUGUGCACAUUGUAGACUGCACGGAAACUGAUAGACUUAAAACCCUUUAACUUGGACGGUCCAGUUUGUUUGACCGGAAAGCCUCUGCAGCAAUAUUAGUAACCCGCUGCCUCCAUGAACAUGCAAUAUUCAAUCCAAAGUUGCUUUUCCUUCCACUGUGAAAAUACUUAGAAACCCAACUGCAACUCCUUAGUUUCAUUCUCAUUCAAUUAUUUAAAAUAAGUUGCCUACAGUAUGCCCUGGAAAAGUAUCUCAUACUGAACACUCUACUUUACUGUCAUGAAUUCAAAGAAGUACUCCUCCUAAGUUUAUUUUUUAAUAAGCUUAAAAUUCAUGUUCUGAGAAGAAAUAUAAGCAAACAUAUAGUUUGGCCCAUAUAUAUGAUAUAUGAUAUCCAUCACUAUCUUUCUUAAGUACUGUAUGUUUGGAUGCUUGGACUCAGAGAUGACGGUUUCUCCCUACUCUUCUUUGACUUCCAGGAUAACUGUGUGCAAAUAUUAUAGAAGUAUGAUCCAACUUGUUUGUUUUUUUAAUCAGAUGAGGAAGUGAAAGCAUGAAGAGAAAGAAAAGUGUUUGUGGUGGGGAGAAAGAGUAUGAGUGAGAGAGAGAAUGAGCGCUAACUACCAUGACUUGUACUUUGCAUCGCUCCAAAUAAAAGCUC